GCUGCCGCAAGCUCUUUUGGAGUGCACAUUUCAUGGAGAGCACUGUCAGCUGAAGCAUUCCAGAGACUGGACUUUGGGCACUGGGGUGAAUUCUGGAGACAGGAAGGCUCCAACUAGGCACGUCCUUGAGAGCUGUUUCUGUGGUGAGGUGAAGUAAGCAAGAAGAAAACAGGAGAGGGUUUUUGCUGCCUUUGGCAUCGUUCCUGGUUCUGCAAGAAAUCCCACGACGCCCUUUCAGCCCGACCUACGCCAGGCAGACCUAUUUAGCACAGGGCCGUGGGUUGUUGCUUGCCAGCAGCUGGUACAAAACUCUCGUGGGUGGAGGAAACUGAACCAUCUACUCUUGUGGCAUUGCAGAUUUUGUUUUAAAGCAGCAGUUCUUGCACUUUGGGUGGCACUUCCCUGGUGUAGCUUUGUAGUGUCACUGUCUGCUAUCACCUAUUGGCUUGGUUGUUGCUGGCUGAAGCACACCAAGCUGGACAGGAGUAGUUUGGAAGCAAGGAAAAGGCUACAAGGAAAGGGGUGGCUGUGCCUUGUUCUGCUUUGGAAUGCUGUGACAAGCAGCCAUGAUGCUGCUGAGCUCUGCAGGGAGAAGUGGAGCAGGCAGGAUGAGCCAGAUGUCUUUGCAGCAGAAGACAGGGUCUUGCAUAAAUUCCCCCCUCUGCUGCCAGGAGAGCGCCACCACCAUGCCUGGCUGCGUGUCCUGCCUGCAUUGAAGCUUGAGCCCACGCCGAGGAGAUCUGCAGCUGUGUGUGGUCAGCUGUGUUUGUAAACCUUGCAGACCCAGGGAAAUGCUUUAUUUUCUUUGUAAGCAGCCUCAUCAGAAGCACGUUGUUUCAUGAAGGGAUGCCUGGCUGGGAGACAGGCGACUGAACAGCAGGCAUGGAAGGGAGAGGACCCUAUCAUAUCUAUGACCCCGGUGGGGGCUCAGAGGAGAAUGGAUCCACGGCCUUGGAGCGGCUGGUGGAGGAGAACGCCCGCCUGAAGGAGAAGAUGCAAGGGAUCAAGUCUAUCGGAGAGCUUCUGGAGGAGUCCCAGGUUGAGGCGUCCAAGCUGCGGCAGAAGGCAGAGGACCUUGUGAAGGACAAUAAAAUGCUGAUUGGAUCAUCUUCUCUGGAGGACUUGGUGGAAACUGGAGCCGUCGGCCCUGAUCCCACCUUUGCACGGGCAGCCCCGGGCAGUGCCCAGCCGGACGUGGAAGCACAGAAAUCACCUCCCACUGACUUGGAGCAGCCACCGAACGAGGAUGCCAACCUGCUGCCCCAGCUGCAGCAGCUGGAGAACACGCUGAGUGGCUGUGCCAAGGAGGCCAGCAAGGACCAGGUCUUUGUGCGCAUGGGCUACAUGGCCUCCGAGCUCAAGCGCUUGGCCUCUAAGGUGCACAAGAAUGAGCAGAGAACAUCAUUCCUGCAGACGUUGUGUGAGACGCUGCACAGUGAGAACAAGGAGCUGCGCACCAAGCUGGAGCAUGACUUGGAGCAGAGAAACCAGGCUCUGGAGAAGCUCAGGUGUGAGAACCAGGAGCUCCGGAGGAUGGUAACACUGAGCAGCCAGGACAGUGGGAAGAGGGAAGCCGCCGAGCAGCAGCAGCAGAGCGGGGCCAUGGUGGAGAAGGCGCCGGGCAGAGAAGAGCUGGAGGCCAAGGAAAAGAAGGUGAAGAUCCUGGAGCACCAGCGCAGGGAGCUGCUGGAGGUGAAUAAACAAUGGGAUCAGCAUUUCCGCUCCAUGAAGCAGAAGUACGAGCAGAAGGUCACAGACCUACACCAGGAGCUGGCUGAGGCCCGCAGGGCAGUGUCUGAGCUGGAGUCGGAGCGGGAACAAAAGCAACGGGAUUUUGACCGCAAGCUGCUCCUGGCCAAGUCCCGGAUAGAAACAGAGGAGGCAGAGAAGGAGAGGCUGGCCAUGGAGGUGAGGGACCUGCAGCAGAGGAUGCGGUUCCUGCAGGAGCAGCUGGCUCCGGUCACCAGGCAGCGGGAAUACCAGGAAAAGGAGAUUCAGAGGCUGAACAAGGCACUAGAAGAGGCCCUUAAUGUCCAAGCCUCUCCACCACCUAUCUUUGCUAUGGAGCCAGCAGGGAAGCUGCCUCAGCAGGAGCUGCUGACCCAGAAUGAACUACUCAAGCAGCAGGUGAAAAUUUUUGAGGAAGACUUCCAGAGGGAACGGAGUGACAGGGAGAGGAUGAAUGAGGAGAAGGAAGAGCUGAAACAGCAGCUGGAAAAGCUGCAGAAGCAGUUGGUCCUCUCCAACAACCAGCUGCGAGCCUCCAAAGAUGAUUGCCAGAGGGAGAAGGAGGAGAAGGAGAAGCUGAAGAAGCUGCUGAAACAGCACAAACAGGCUUCCGGAGAGAGGCUGCACGCCGAGCCAGGGCCAGGGCCACUGGGCCCAGCUUGCCCCAUGUACCAGUACCAGUACAGUCCCCCCAUGGCUCCCCCCAUGUACCACGGCUAUGAGGACUGGCAGCAGAUCCGAUACCCACCAGCCAUGCCGGGCGAGCACACGCAAGGACAGAACUUCCACCAUUUUCCCCCGCCUGAGUACCCCUGGCGCCCGCCCUGUGCCAUGGCUCGCAGCCAGAACACCCAACCAGUGGCCGGGGUGAAACCGGUCCCCAAGGACUUGGAACAGGCAGGUCCCGGAUUGCCCUAAUGCCAAGGACCGGCCACGCUCCGACACCAGUGGAAGAGCAGUAGGGUGUGUGUGUGUGCCCGUGUGUGUGUGUCCAGGAGCUUCCUCCGGCCGCCAAUGCCUGUGCAAGGACAUGUGCUGCACAUGGGGGGCUCAGCAGAGCCUUCCCCCAAGGAUAUCAUGAAGGAGGGACUGAAGGUGCCAUCGUGGUGACAGCCAGCAUGGGGUCAGUCCCCUGCAGCCAUCCCCUUCCCCACGAGGAGCCAGGCCUGGCCUGGCAGCGCCGUAGACCCGAGCCAGGUCUUCAGGGAAGAGGAGCCAGUGUUUCCCAGGAGCUGCUCCAGUGCAGAGCCCCUGGAGGAGUGGGUAACAGCAGGGACUCUCCCGGUGGUGGGAGACCCCACACUAGCAGGCAGGUGCUGGCCGCAGCCGUGGCCCGGCCUGAGGGUGGUUGGUGUCUUCGUAUUUAUUUAAGGACUGAAGUGUG